CCAUCAGUCCCCAUUGGCUCUUUGAUAAAUAAAUUUUUGUGAUGUGAUAUGAUUGUUGAAGAGGUUAACAUUUUAAAUAUUGAAAAUUUAUUUUUAUUUAAUUUUUGUAUUAGGUUAUACAGAGAAGAAUCAAAACUUGUGUUUUUUUGGUUCCUUUCAAGAUUUAGGUUAGAUUCGUUAAAUAACAUUGUUGCAGAAUAAACUAUUUUUUGCAAUUAAAUUUAGAACAGAAAUUAUAAAAAUGAAAGUUUCUUUUACCCUUCCAAAUCUAGAUAAUCUUUUGGAGCUACAUGGUAUACACAGCGAUAAAAUAGUAAUAAUAUCCAUAAUAGGCAAAAGUGCUUAUAAUACAGCAGGAUUAAAAAUUAAGUCUAUUGGACGCAUUCUCCCAACAGAAAGUUAUCAAAAGAGUUCAGAAUGCAUUAUUGAUGGAUCAUAUGACGAAGAAAAUCAAAUACUGUACUUACAUUUAUGUAGUUUGUUAGAUACAGAUAUUUUAAUUAAAGAAUAUAAACAUUUGAGCGAGAGAUGUGAAUCAGAACGUAGUUGUAAUGACUUUCUAGCAGUCUAUGAUGAAGUAAAAAGUAGUUUUGCAUGUUCUUUACUUCUUUUAUUACAUAUAAGUCACAUUAUUGUUCUUUCUCAUCCAGGAACUACAUUCGAUACAAAUUACAUUCAAUAUUUUAAAGCUGUCGAUAUACUUAGUCAAAAAUUGUUUGACAAGAUAUCUGAAUGUUUAAAAACAAUUAAUGAAGUAAGUCCAGAUUGGAUUAGCAAUGGUAGACCAUGCACACCUAGAUUAAUAUUUUAUUUUGAACGUUGUCCAAAAAAUACAAAUAAUUUAAAAAAAUUAGAACACAAUUUAGAAGACAAAAUCUAUCACAUUUUAAAGAAAACUCGGAUUAUCAGUACAACUGGUUGUUCAUUAUUUGCCAUUCCCCUAAAUGAUGAAUUUGUAUACAUUUCUGAGGAUGGACCUUCUGACAGGUUAGGAGAUGCUAUUAGGGGUUUAUUACUGGACUGCCAACCAGGUGGAGCUAUGCAAAUUGAAGUACCUUAUUCUAACCAGCCUAAAACAGAAAAGAAUUUUAAAAAAUUCCUUGAAGUACACAUACAACAAGCUAGAAAUAAAGGUUUUGAUGACACUGUAAAUUCUGGAAGACAUCAACAUUCUCAACCUUUACAUUUUGAAUUGCCCGUUCUUAAAGUAUGGAUAGAAGUCACACAAAGCUUAUAUGGUAUUAUAAUGAGGAAUAAAAUAUUUUCUCAACUAUGUACUGAUACUAGAUUUUCUGAACAGCGUUGUUUAAAAGUUUUACCAUUAGCUUUAGCCAGGUAUCAAGAAGGUUUACCGCCACAUUAUGCAAAAGCAGAACAUGAAGCCAGAUUAAGAAUUGCACUAGCUUUAUUUAGAGCGCAGGCACGUGGUCCUGUAUAUUAUCAGUAUGCAGCUCAACUAGAAAGAGAAUGUCAGACUCAUUGGGAAAAUGGUCGCCAACAGUGUGAAACAGCUUCCUUGACAGGAAAUCCUUGUAAAUUACCUAAACAUUCUUCAGAUCAAGAUCACAUGAGCGGAUUUAUAUAUAAAGCUGUUUGUGAUUGUGGAAGAAAAAUUGGACCUAGAGAAGACCCUUAUACUGCAAAACAGGCAAACUAUUCAUUUUAUCAGCAAAUUAGUAAAGAAUGUCAGUGUUCUAAACUCGAAAGGAUAACCUUUCCUGUAUUUCAACCUUCAAUUAAGGAAUUUAAAGCAGCCACAUUAAAUGAGCCAGAAGAUUCUCUCUCAAUACUAUCUGAUAGAAGUGGAGAACUUACUCCUGAAAUAGGGAGAGGCUUGAUUCGUCAGCCAAGUACAACCGAGUAUCUACCGGGAAUGCUUACAUUAACUUCACCUUCAGGCUUACUUCCUGUGUAUUCCAGUUGGUCCCUUGUGUGUCUGGGAGCCUCAUCAUUAUAUAGUCAUAACUUAGGGUUAUCCGAAUCCCAUCAUCCAGGCUUUUUAAGCUCCACUAAUUAUUUAUUACCUUGGGAUGUGACUGUAUACUCAAAAUCUAAACAGAAUUGGCCCCAUGUUAGCAAAUACAAUGUAAGAGGAAGGAGAGGCCGCCCAACAGGAAGCUUGCCCCAGUUCACUGUUAAAGUAUUUAUUGGGGUAGAAUAUGAAUGUUCUUCUGGCCACAGAUUUAUGUUGGCUGCUUCAGAUAGAGUGCUCAAAGCUGCCCCUGGCAGUAUAGUAAAAGACACAGGUCAUAAAAUUGCAGAAAGUGAUAUGCCAUUGUAUUAUCCAUGUGCAUGCAGGGCUGGAAAAUUAGCUCAGUUAAUGAGGUUACAUGUAGUGACACCUAAAGCUCCAGUUCAUUGCACAUUAGAUCCAAAGGUUCAACCAGCUGCUGGUGCUCCUGUAUUUGUUAGCACUCUAAGUGGACCUACAAAACUAACUCAAUCGGCUUAUUGGAUAAUGCGAUUGCCAUAUGUGUAUGUUGGAGAUAAAGAACAUUUUUCCCAAAACCUUUCUGGCAGACUGUUGCAAGGAGUAUUUGGUGUAACUGAAAGUGAACAAUAAUUCAAUAUAUGGUACCUAUAAUUUAUUAUAUUAUCAAUACUUAAUAAAGGAUUUAAAUAUU